CCGGACCUGCAGCUAGUUCUGCACAUGCCAUCGACGGCGGCCUUGGACCGGACGGACUGACAGCGGAACCGUGACGCACGCGGAUCACCUGGAACAUGGCGGCGGCGGCAACAGCAAGCAGCUCGGAACCGUGGCGACGGUAGGAAACGAGAGAGGAGCUGAAGGUCUGGGUCCGGAGGAGCAUCACCGAACACAGCCUGUGCUGCGUUGCUGCUCCAGCGGACGGAUGACUCAACCUCAGCUGUAGUAACAGUAACUGGACAAUGAAAGAAACGCUUCACUGCCUCUAAGCAACGCGUGUGGAACUGCACCAUGGGCUAUAAGGGGGCGGCGAUGGACAGAGUCAGCCUGCUGUGGCGGCUGCGGCGGCGCGCUCGCCGCGGGGCGCUCUGCAUGGCCUUCUUCUGCAUCUCCAUGGCUCUGCUUUACGCGCUGUGCGCUGAGAACAGCGUGCCCGUCACCGACGCCAUCUUUGGCGUCCGGGCACGGACCCGCGCGCAGCCUCGCACGCAUUCUGUCGUUAAGGUGCUGCGAGGUGGAGCCAAGCCCAUGAACAUCGACCCGCAGAAGCUUCCAGGGGUGGUCCCAGGCGACCCCCACCAUCCGAUACCGGUCCUCUCCUCUCCGAACAGAACGCAGGACGCCGCGGCCCCGCCUUCCAAGAAGCGCUCCAGGGAGAGGGAGACCUCUGGCUUCCUGAGCCACCUCCUGCCCCGUCCCUUCACGCGAGCGCUGGAGACCCUGUUCGGAGGCCGGCGGAAGGGGGAGCUGAGUGGCAGAGGGGCCGACACGGAGCUCUUCGGACCCAAAGGGCUUCUGGGAAAAGUGUGGGAUGAUCAAAUGUCCAGUAAAAUGCUGGGGACCCGACUGAAGAAGGUGGUGAUGAACUAUCAGGCGAUGAAUAAAUACGGGGUUGACGUCUCCGUCCCCAGCAGCUUGUCCAACAGGCCCAAGCUGACUGGACCUGAGCUGCUCUGCCAACUGAAGGACAAGGUGGAGGUGGUGACCUUGACCUCUGACCUCCAGCCCUUCUCCUCGCUGCCCUGGGCCUCUCAGCUGCCGUCCAAGCAGCUGACCUCCGACCUCGGGCCGUUCAGGACCUGCGCCGUGGUGUCGUCUGCGGGGUCGCUCCACAACUCUGGACUCGGCAAAGAGAUCGACUCCCAUGAUGCCGUGCUGCGGUUCAACACUGCACCCACGUCUGGCUACGAGAAGGACGUGGGCUCUAAAACCACCAUCCGCCUCAUCAACUCCCAGGUGAUGGCGUCUGACGAGCAUCGCUUCCUGUCCAGCUCUCUGUACAGCACCGGCGUCCUGGUGGCCUGGGACCCCGCCCCCUUCUCCGCCAACCUCACGCAGUGGUACAACAAGACGGACUACCCCAUCUUCACCCAGUACCAGAGGUACCGGAAGCUCCAUCCUCUGCAGCCUUUCUACAUCCUGCAUCCUCACUUCGAGUGGCAGAUCUGGCAGCGAAUCCAGGACAACAUGGCCGAGCCGAUCCAGAAGAACCCGCCCUCGUCCGGUUUCCAGGGCACCGUCCUGAUGAUGUCGCUGUGCGAGGCGGUGCACGUGUACGAGUUCCUGCCGUCCCGGAGGAAGACGGAGCUCUGCCACUACUACCAGCGCUUCUUCGACGCCGCCUGCACGCUCGGCGCCUACCACCCGCUCCUGUACGAGAAGAACCUGGUCAAACGGAUGAACCGGGGCUCCGAGCGCGACAUCUACACCCACGGGCGGGUGACGCUGCCGGGGAUGAGCGCGCUGAACUGCACCCACGGGGGCGGAGCCUCCUCCAGCACUGACUGAGGAGCAGGAAGCGCCGCAUCAAUGCAUGAAAACCAUGAACCGAGGACGGACGCAUGGAAGCCUCACUCACUGCCGCUGGACCGGACCUGCCGGUCGCUGGACCGGAUCCCAGAAGUCACCAGAACCCUCCGUCCAUUCCCGUCCCCAGAUCAUGUAGGAAGCAGCGCUGGUUUAUGGUCUGGCAUCUUCACCGCUAAUGUUUUCAAAUGUUUUCCAGUCAUUACACAGUCAUCCACUCAUAAAUCACUUAAUCAAGCGCCGCAAAUGUAUGAGAAAGAUUCAGUAAUAUCCUAAAUAGCUUUAAAUGGUAACGAGAAGCAGCUCGGCGUGAGCUCUGCUUUCAGACUAGAAAACUGCUGGCAAAUGUCUCUAACCAUUAACGAAUGUGGUUCGGUUUUGAAAUAGUCCGACCGACAGAACAGCUGCUAGAGGGAAUUUUGACCACUGCAUUCUGAAUGUGACACAGGUUAAUACAUAUUAGAUAGGUCUUGGUUUUAUGGGAUGCAGUGAUGACAUUGAUCCUCGUUAUAACCAGCGUUUGAAGCCUGUAGCUUCAGUGCGUCUGUGUAUAUGUUUAUAGUCGUUCCACUGGUGAUGCUCCUGUUCACUGCACCUGCAUCUGUGACUUUUACUUUGAAAAGCAGCUCCUCCGGUGUCACAGAUCAGUCACAGAUUGUCCUGAAGCUUCGUUAGGUUUAUUUAAAGUCAUGUGUUUGUCAGUGGUUUGUGUCUGGACUGUUUUUCACACCUCUUCUCAAGCUUUCCGCUUUGCUCGCAGGCGUUUGUAGCUUGUUUCCAGUCGCCACAGCUGACUCGAAGCUUCCGUAACCUCAGACUAGGACGGGUUCCACUGAAUGAGGCCGAGGCCGCGCAGCGUUCAGCACUAAACAAGGCUCUGCAUCCACUGUAGUAAUAAUAUUAGUUUAACUCACCUGCGUCUGAUUAUCAGACAAUUUAAAUGUUGUCUUCUCUAUUUCUGACCAGUGACAUGGACGCGGUGUCUGACACAGCAAAUCAGCACCCACUGAAUGAAGCAGAACGUCGCUGUUAAAUGACACGAGAACAAACUAAGGUUCUUCUACAGCAGAAACACGGAGCGGAAUGUUUGAAACUGACGUGUUUUCAUUUCCUUAUUAUAUACACACAGACAGACGUCACCUGGAGCUAAGUGACAAAGAACCUAACUUUGUUCUUAGCGCUGUGAUUUAGUUGCAUCAUCCAGUUUCCUUCUCAAACAUGAAAAUGGACGUUUUAGAAAAUAAGUAGAAGGCUUAAACAUUCAUUAUGCAGAUUAAAGCCAAAAACACGUGUUCUUUUUCUAUCUUAACUCAACAACUUGUGGUUACAGUGCUGAGUUUAAUGGAGCUUUCAUUGUUCACUGUAGCCGUUAGCUUAGCAGGCGUGUAGCUUUAGCCGUGCUGUCGGACCGUCACUGACUGAAGUAUUACAAUAAAGGACGGCAUCACUUAAUCUGUGGUAGAGUUCAGUAAAGUAGCAUCAACAGAAACGAUACAUCAGCAAAGUAGAGAAUUUAUCUGUCACUUAAGCGUUGGAGUAAAAAAACCCAGUUUAUCAUCGCGUGACGCAAACAGGAGACGAGAUCAGAACACGUGACUCGAUUACAGGCAGCUGCAUCGCCUGUUAAAUGGUUUUAUACUGACAACCAGCUGACACUAAAACAAUGAAAAAAGCAUCAAACAUGUUUUAAAAGUCUGGAUCAAAACAGAAGCAGCGUGUCUUUUAACCAAGAUUUGAGUCUUUUCUUCUGGCAGCGAAAAAAGAAUAAUUGAUGUCAUUGCAUUUGUGAGGAAAACUAGAAAAGCUUUUGACUCUAUGCAGUUUCAGCCAAGCUCACAGAUGCACUUUUGCCUUCAUGUCCGAGGAGAACGUUGAACUCUUGUUAAUAUUGUUUUUAUUACACCUCAGACAAAACCAGACACAAACGGAGGUUUUCAUUUUGAACGGGAAACUGUUCUUCACUCCUUUGUUGUGUUUGAGUUCCUCUUUUUUUCUGUGGAGCUCGAUGUCAAACACAGAAGUGAAGGUUGAGUCUAGACACCAUGAGCUUGUGCUUUGCUGUCACUGAAAUGAUAUGAAGGUUAUUUAAGUGGUUCAGAUUCGAUCACUCACAUUUACAACCUCAUUAAAACCUGGUUUUACAACCAAUUAAAAUGUAAAGACCUAAAGUUUGGAACCACUGAUUCACAUUUAAAAGUCAUAAAACACCUUGUGGGUCAUGAGCCUGCUGAUCUGACAUCUUAUUUAUAAAUAUAUAUAUCUGGUAUAUUUUAAGCCUGCAUGACUGCACAUCUGAGGUUGAGCAUCCGCAAUCAUCAAACCAGCACGACUUUAUUAUAAUUCUUGUCUUUUUUAAGUGUUGUGUUUCUAGUGCCACCACUGAGACAGUGUUUGGUUAAUGACUCGUCUCUGGAUGACAAGUAAAAAGUGUCUGAACUGAAUCACCUUUGGACCGUGGGACAAAUUAAAUCCAUGUAAACUUUAAAACUGAGACCUACACAGAGAACCAAUAAAACGUCUUAAAAACCCUACAAA